UUGCGGUUUUGUUUGUACGCACAUGGCAGCGCACAGUGCGUGUGAAUUUUUUGCCUGGUGUUGACGUGCACAUGCUUAAUGUAGUUUCGUGAAAUGCCGGUGUCUCAGGAAGUUCAUUUCGCUCAUCACUUGGCAGCGAACGAGAAAGUUACCAGAGACCGGGCACUACGAAAGUUGACAAGAUGGAUACGCGCAAAAUCUGGCCGCCAAGGCAUGGAAUUCACCGAGGAGGCAUUAAUGAAGCUUUGGAAGGGCUUGUUCUUCUGCAUGUGGAUGUCCGACAAGCCGUUUGUUCAGCAAGAGCUGGCGAACAGCAUAGCUGGCCUGGUGCAUUGCUUCGCCCGUCGGGACCAGUCGUUGCUGUUCCUGGAAGCGUUCUUCAAGACCAUGGCCCGCGAAUGGUUUGCGAUCGACAGGUUUCGCCUGGAGAAGUUCAUGAUGUUGGUGCGGCGAUGCUUCCGUCAAGGCGUUGCCUUUGCCUACGGAGACACAUGGAAUGAUGAAAACAUCACUGCCUUCUGCAACACUCUUAAGAUAACAGCCCUGUGCCCAAACAGCGAAGCAAUUCCCCUUGGCUUCAGGUUGCAUGUGGUUGACGUGUUCCUCCAGGAGCUAGCCAGAAUGCAUGGUGGAGAGUUGACACCAGAACAAGCCAUACUGUUCCUGCAACCUUUCUUUGACAUUCUGAUGCACUCAAAUGAUCGAACCCUCCUGGAUGCGGUGCGGAAGAACAUCUUUUUCCUGCUGUUGGACUUGGAUCGGGAAGCUGCCGAGCUGGGUGUGGAUCCCAGCACUGUGAAACUCAAAGGCAGCAAUGGGACUACAGGGGAUGGUGACUCUGCAGGAGAUGAUGAGGCGGAGGAGGAGGACAUGUAUGACGAGCAUGGAAGGGUGCUUGAGAAAGGAGAGUCCUGCCAAGACCUUCCUGCCAUUCCCUUUGAUUACAGCGUUAUUGCAGACGGGCUUUUCGACAUGCUCAAAGCCACCACAUUGAAGCCAUUCAACCGUGCCCUGAUCACCAGAAUGGUGAAAAAGUUCCGUGCUGUUCUCGAGGAAGGUUUGGUCAGGCCUAAAGUGGUGGAACCUGGUGUUGAGGAGCCCAUCACAGAGGAUGAAAUCGAGGCUGCUGCCAACAAGCUGGAGGAAGAGCUUGAGGAAGAGCUAGAGGAGGACCGUGAUGAAGUGCUUAAGCUCAAAGAGAAGAAGCAGAAGGUAAAACCUAAAUUUGGCUUUGACACCACCAGUGGUGCAUAUGAGUACAUUGUCAGUGGCGAUGGUGACUCCGAAGAGGAUGAGGGGUUAGGAAAUGGAACAGCUCGAAAUAAAAAGCAAUCAAAGGCAAAGCAACUGAGAAAAAAAGUGCAAGCCCUCUCUGAUGAGGAGGCAACGGAUACAUUAAGUGAUCUUGAAGAUUCUGAAGAUAAAGUUUUUGAUGUAAAAGCUGCAAGCAAAAAACGAAAGCGUUGUGCAGCGCUGUCUCAAAAAGCUGAAGAAGUCCCAAAGGCUGAAGGUACUUUUGAUGGAGCUGAAGAUGGUGUGCCUCCCAAGAAGAAACAACGAAGACGGAAGCCUAAAAAGCCCAAAGGCAGUUCAGUCGACGAUGCAGCUGGGAUAGUGCAGAAAACAAGGAAAUUGAAUGGCUUCGAUAAGGAUACAAGUGUGACAGAAAGAGAAUUUCAGAAAGGCUCAAACUCUGUUGGAAAAGUUCCCAUUGUAGAAGAAAAGAAAGGUCUCUUCACUGCCAAGAAGGCCGACCGGCCGAUACUGGGAAAAACACCACAAAAAAAGUUGCUAAGUGCAAAGAAAAAGGCGGGCAGCAUGGGUGUCAUAGUGCAGCAGCAGGUUUCAAAGCCUAUUUUGAACAGAGAAUCAUCAACUGAAGGCCCUGCUUUUGUUUCUCUGGAAGGAAAGCAGCAGAGGAAGGUCGAGAAGCUGCUUCGGCAGCGGCAAGCAAGAAAGGAAAAGAAGGAGCGAGGACUUGCUGCGCUUACUAGAGGUUGGCAAGUGACACCACUCCCUUCAAGUGCCAACAAAGCUAAGCAGUCAGAUGUGCCAGUUACACCUGUGAGUCUGGCAACCUGCGCUGACAAGACAACAGAGUCAACAAAGUUGCCUCAUUCAUCACUGCUACAACAAAACAGCUCAGCAUCUGCACCAAGUGAACGUGUCAUCACAAAAACUGAAAAAUCACCUGACACAUCAUUCAAAAGUCACAAAAUUGUGGUCGCAGGUGAGGUCAAAGCAGGCAGUUCAAUAUCGCCUCCUACAACACUACAAGCCAGUGGAGGAACGAUCAGGCAAACAAUCUCACCAUUACAGGGUAACAAGGGAGCAUCAACGGGACCCCACUCAGCUGGAAAAAACAGCAUUGGAGUAACGAAAGCACCUCAUUCGCCACUGAAGAACCACCUUAGAGCAGAGAAGUCGCCUCAUACACCUGUACAGAAUAAUAGUGGUUCAGUAGCGCUGCUGAAAGGUCUGCAGCCAUCGAGCAAAGGAAUGUUCACAUCAACCCUGUCAGCAUCACUAGAUGGCACAGAAGCGAAGGCAUCAAGUGACAACACACCAGUCGCCAAGUUGCCUUGUACCCCUAAAGCAAGCAACCCAGUGGUACCUGCCCUUCGCAAGUGCUUUACUGCAAGAAAACCUGAGACAUUUAAGCUUACAAAAUUUUCAACACCACCUGUAAAGCCGUCUUCAAUUCCUCAGGAAGAAAAGAAAGUGAUCUUCGCGUUAUCGAAAAACAAAGCACAAGAUCCAAGGGAGUAUUUUGAGACAUUGAAGAACAGCCCUGAGAUACCAUUUGAUGCGUCUAAGAAGCCAGCGCAGGGUGUACUCAAGGCACGGCUCUCACUACCAUCUAGCACUCCUGUCACGUUGUCUGCAAAGAGGCGUGUCAGGAUGUCUGAUGUGUUUCAGUCUAAUGCUAAUCAAUUGUUCCCCAAAAAACGGCCCAGUGCAUCAGAUUUCUUCUAGGGUGCCAGAAGGAACUCACCCAGUCAGUUUGUGUCACACAUCAUGUUCCACUUGGCAUCAAAUAAAUGUUCAGCUGUAUAUUGACAAACAA